AUCCCAUAACAGAUUGAACUAGAGUUUAGGCUGUUUAGGAUUGCUGAGAGCAUUUGCUGGUGGUACCUUGGAAUCACGAGUACAUCACGUACAAGAUAUCUUUUCUACCUAAUGAAGCUGUUUCUGGUUGGUUUGGUAUUGGGAUUUCUAAAGGUACAUUGCUUAAGCAAUGAAAGGGAGCCCCUUCGGCCAAAUAAUGUCAACGUGAGCCUAGCCAAAGGCAGAUGGGCUCGAUCAGUGAGCAGCCCUCCGCAGCCCAUUGACUGUGUACUCUCCAGCUGGUCAUCAUGGAGCACCUGUGACCCCUGUCAAAAGAAAAGGUACAGAUUUGCCCGCAUGGAACAGCCUUCUCAGUUCAGUGGAGAUGCCUGUGAUUACUCUGACAAAGAAACAGAAGACUGUCUGACAAACAGUCCUUGCAGAAAUCGAGUUAGAUGUGAAGGCUUUGUUUGCACAGUUACAGGAAGAUGCAUUACACGGAGGCUGCUUUGCAAUGGGGAUGAUGAUUGUGGGGAUCAGUCAGAUGAAAAAAACUGUAGAAAAGUGUAUAGAAAAUGCAACCAGAAGAUGGAGGAAUAUUGGGCAAUAGAGAACCUGGCAAAAGGGGUAAACGGUAUUACAAACAACCUGGAAGGAUUGGUUCUUGAUCAUCGAUAUUAUGCUGGUGCGUGUUCUCCCCAUUACAUUAUGGACACCAGGUUUAGAAAACCAUACAAUGUAGAAAGCUACACCCCAGAGACCAAAGGAAAAUAUGAAUUUACAAUGACUGAAUAUGAAUCCUACUCAAGUUUUGAACACAAUAUCCUGCAGGCAAAAGCUUCACAGAGUAGCUUUAGCUUUGGUAUAAAAAUACCAGGAUUGUUUGAAUUUGGAUACAAUUCCAAUGACAACAGGUUCAAGAAGUUUUUUCGGAGAGUGAAAAGAUUUUCUAGCACAUCCAGCAAAUUUGUUCAUGCCCGAUCUGAGCUGGAUGUAGCUCAAUACAAGCUAAAGCCUCAGAGUUUGAUGCUGCAUUAUGAGUUCAUGCAGAGACUCCACCAGUUACCUUUAGAGUACAGCUAUGGGGAAUACAGAGAACUCUACAGGGACUACGGGACACAUUACAUCACGGAAGCUACUCUUGGAGGCAUCUAUGAAUAUACUUUAGUUAUAAAUAGCGAUGAGCUCCAAAAGGCAGGUUACUCUUUAAGUGAUGUCCGGUCCUGUGCACAAAAAGGAUUUAACGUUGGUGUUAAUAUCGCAGUAGCUUAUCUGAACUUAGCUGUGUCAUCUGGUGGCUGUGGUCAAACGUUGACAGAAAUUGGAGACAGUAGUGCAAAAAAGCAAUUUGUGCAAGACUUCAUAACUCUUGUUCGUGGAGGAGGAAGUGAGUAUAUUGCAACUUUGGCCGACAAGGAAUUACCAACUGCUAAACUAAUGCAGGAGUGGGGAGAUGCAGUGCAGUACAACCCGGAAAUUAUAAAGCUGAAGACAGAGCCACUCUACCAACUGGUAACUGCAACAGAGUUUGCAAAUGCACAGAGGCUAAAGGAAAAUAUGAAGCGUGCUCUUGAUGAUUUUCUGCUGGAGAGCAGUUCCUGCCACUGUGCUCCAUGCCGCGGCAAUGGCAUCCCCUUUCUGAAAGGAACGCACUGUGAAUGUAUCUGUCCCCUGGGAUACCGCGGCACUGCCUGUGAAAUCACGAAAAGGAAAGAUGUUGUUGUUAAUGGAAACUGGGGCUGCUGGUCCAACUGGUCUGCAUGCUCUGGAGGGCAAAAAACAAGAAGACGACAGUGCAACAACCCUGCCCCAGAAAAUGGUGGCAUGCCAUGCUCAGGGCCAGACGCUGAAACUAUUAAUUGCUAAAGAAAAUUACUAAGUUCAGACACUAAAAAGACCACCUUGCAAAAUUUGUGGGAAGAUAUUAACUGACUUGAUCGGCUUCCUCUUUAUUACACUUUAAGGGCCUUACUCAAUGCACAAUGAAGUCAAUGGAUGACCCAGUAGAUUCUGGAACAAUAGGAAUGGCAGAGGAACCAGAACUAGUAUAUUUGAUGUGUGAGCUCUGGUCGGACAUGCUACACAAUUGUCCUUUAGAAUUUGACAUCCUUAAUAUUCAGAAUUGCUGCAUUCUUCUGUUCCAGUGGGUUAAUUUAAUAAAGCUUUA